GACCUCCUCGCCGCCAUGAAGGGGUUGGGCACCAACCGCAAUAGACACCUGUCUGACUCCUGUGAACCUUCCUCGGGCCACCCGGAGGCCCUCUACUCUCAGAAGACCAGCACUCUGCUCCGCAGCCCCUACCUGCUGAGCCCGGCGAUGGACCACUACGGCACGAUGGACCCCCACCUCUAUCCUUCGGCCAACCCAGGCUCCCUUCAUCCGGACUACAUGCUGCCCCUCAACAACCAGCUCUCCAACAGCAGCACCUUCUCCAGGAUUCACUACAGCUCCUACGACCAGUCGGACUUCUCCCGGCCUGGAGACAGCAUCGGGGGGAUAAGCACAGGCACCAUGGGCACGUCCAUGUCCAUGGGCAUGGGAACAGGCAUGGGUAUGGGUAUGGGUAUGGCAGGGCUGAGUGGACGAACGCCUAUGAUCACGAGUGGCUCGGCAACCAUAUCGCAUCACAUGACAAAGAACCAGGCACCGUCCAGUCUGCUGGACUUCGACAAGCAGCUUCCCGGCCGCGACGGAUUCAGCACGUUGCAGUCCCAUCGGUCGUCCGCGGCGGCGAAGCAGCACGCGGACAGCCCCGGUCGGAUCCGCUACAUGCUGCAUUCGGUGCAGAAGCUCUUCGCCAAGUCCCAGUCGCUGGAAAGCCAAAACAUGAAGGGGAACUUCAACGGACGCUCCACCGGCAGCGGCGGCGGCUCGUCCGGCACCGACGACGGAGGGAAGCAGAACCGCAGGUCCAAGAGUAAAGAUCGGGGGACGAAGUCAGAGGCGACUUCCAAGCGGCGGCCGCGCUCCAACAUGUCCGGCUACUGGAGCUCGGACGACUUGGACAGCAGCGAUUUGAGCAGCUACCACAACGCCAUGGCCGCCAUGACUCUGGGGCGUCCGCCCGGCCACGAGGGUCAGGGCGGCCAGACCAGAUGCAUCCAGAGCGGCUACAACACCAUCAGCUCCUCCAAAAGCAGCAACGACAUGAAGUACCAGACGCUCGCCGGGCCCGGGGGCGGUCGUGGACUUAGUGUAGCGGGGAGAAUGGCGGUAAAUGAUAAUGAGUAUAUGAAAGGAGGGUCCUGGUCCACGCUGACCAUGGGCCAGCCCAGACCGGUGAUCCAGAAGGGCUCCGCUACCCUGGACCGGUCCAUGCUCAAGUCCAAAUCCUGCCAGCCUGAACUACCUUGCAACUACCUGCAGGUUGGACGAAUGGGGGAUUGGAGCAGCACGCUGGGCCGCCACGCAGCCGCAAACGAGAUCCCGUGCCGGCGGAUGCGCAGCGGCAGCUACGUGAAGGCCAUGGGCGACAUGGAGGAGAGCGACGACUCGGAGGGGGGGAGCCCCAAGCCAUCGCCGAAGUCCGCCGCCCGGCGCCAGAGCUACCACAGGGCCACGCAGCAGUCUCUGAGCGACCAGCUGCCCCCACGCAACCGAACCCUGGAUUACAGCUCGCUGCAGGGGGAUCUGGCCCCCUUGUGGUCCCCCCUGCGCAGUGCGCCCUCUCUGCACCAGCUGGGCAGGUCCGUGAGCAGCUGUCUUCCAUCUCUCAGAGAGCUCUCCAAUAACCGCAGCCUGGACCACCUGGACCACAUCGGGGGCGUCGUCUCCCCCUCGCCGCUCUGGGACGACGACGACUUCAGCCAGGCCUGCAGCACCUUGGGCCGGCGCAGCUGCUUGGGACAGCUGCGUGACCUGGAUACGAGUCACUACGAGGACCGCGUCUCCGAGUCCAGCUUCAGAGGAUCCCGCUCCCACUCCCAGGACCGGCCCGAGCCCCUGGACCUGCCCGUGGCCACGUGCUUCCGGUCCCGCAGCCACAGCUACCUGAGGGCCAUCCAGGCCGGCUGCUCCCAGGACGACGAGGACGACACGGCGUCCAUGGACUCGGGCUGCUCGCCGCCUCCCGUCGGCGCCGCGGUCCGGACCUACAGCACCAGCACCGUCUCCACGUGCCUCACCGCCGGUAGGAAGGCCGCCCCGCCGCCGGUGCCGCCGCGCACGACCUCCAAGCCCCACAUCUCGGUGACGGUGCAGAGCAGCACCGAGUCGGCCCAGGACAACGACCUGGACCAGCAGGACCGCAGGUCGGAGGUCAACAGCCAGUCGAGCCACGCCCACAGCAACUCCUCCGACAGCCUGGACAGCACCCGCGCCAACAGCCUGGCCCGCGGCGCCGCCCGCCCCCAUCACGCCAUCCCCACGGCCAUCGCCGUCCUCAGGGAGCCGUUCGCCAACGCGGCGCCGGGCGAGCCCGCGGCGCAGCUUCAGGCGCUGAGGGCGGCGUGGAGCCGAGGGAACCUGGCGGCGGAGGAGCCGCUGGUGGCGCCGGUGCCCCGCCGGAAGCUGUCCUCCAUCGGCAUCCAGGUCGACAGCAUUCAGGAAGUCCCCCGAGAGGACACGCCCCCCCCGCCGCCGCCAUCGGCCCGGUUCCAGUCCAUCGGAGUGCAGGUGGAGGGCGGGUGGCAGCCCGGUCGCUCCGGCAUCAUGGCGUCCCAACAACAGGAGACGGACCGGGACGUCCCGCCGCCGGCCGCCGCCCACGCCCUCAACAACCACGCCCUCAACAACCACGCCCUCAACAACCACGCCCUCAACAACCACGCCAAGCCGUUUGAGAAGAAGGUCACGGUGUCCAGCGGCUGCCAGGCCGUGAGCGCCCCCUCUGGACACAAUGAGUACUUAGACAACGGAGACGGGUCGGCGGCGGCGGCGGACGUUGUUUCACCGCCGCCGCCACGGCAGUUCCUCAACCGCUCCACCACGCGGAGCAGCUCCUCCUCCUUCUCGGAGAGUCUGGACCCGGCGCUGGACCCCUCGUCCCUGCCGCCGCCCGACCCGUGGCUGGAGAGCGGGAACGGGAGUAGCGACGGCGUGGGCGGCGGCGGCGGCGGCGGCGUGGGCGUGGGCGGCGGCGGCGUGGGCGUGGGCGGCGGCACGCUGUGCCGGAGAGACGGCCACUGGUUCCUGAAGCUGCUGCAGGCGGAGACGGGCCGCAUGGAGGGGUGGUGCCAGCAGAUGGAGCAGGAGACCAAAGACAACCCGCUGUCAGAGGACGUGCUCGGCAAGGUGCGCAGCGCGGUGGGCAGCGCCCAGCUCCUCAUGGCCCAGAAGUUCCAGCAGUUUCGGGGACUGUGCGACCAAAACGUGAAUGUGAGCGCCGCCCCGCGGCCCACGGCCCAGGACCUCGCGGGCUUCUGGGACCUGCUGCAGCUCUCCAUCGAGGACAUCAGCCUGAAGUUCGACGAGCUCUACCACCUCAAGUCCACCGACUGGCAGCCCGUGGCGCCCGCGGCGGCGCCGGCUGCCCAGUCGCCCCCUGGGCGGAAGGGCGAGGAGAAGGAGGCCGCGUCCAGGAAGCCCGGUAAGGGCCGAGCGCCGGCGCUGGGCCGCGAGAAGAGCGCAGACUCCGCCUCCUCCUCCUCCUCUUCCUCGGCCUCGGCGGAGAAGCAGAGGCACGAGGCGUGCAAGCGCCUGCUGGCGGCCAAGAAGGCGGCCUCGUUUCGCCAGAACUCGGCCACGGAGAGCGCCGACGGCGUCGAGAUCUACGUCCCCGAGGCCCAGACCCGCCUCUGAGGGAGGAAGGAAGGAACUAGGGAUCGAGGGAGCGACGGGCGUCGCUGGAGUGCCCAUCAAGAGAGGAGUGGGACACUUGCAAUGCAAACGACUCCUCUGAGGGACGACUGGGGAGCAGAGGUCAGGCGGAGCAUGGGGGGUGAAUGGGCGCUACACACUCACACACACACACACUCACACACACUCACACACACAGGUAUAGGCUGGUCCUGGUGGAGUCGAAUAAUCCUCUCAGGAAAAGUAACUUUUAGAGACUUUUGCUGCUCAGCCGAUGAACUUUUUUUUCUCUGUUGAUGAAACUCGUUGAUGAAGAUCUUGUUACCACGACAACUACAUCCUAGAGGAUCCACAUGAAGACUGUUUUUAUUAAAUAAGAUCUAUUAAGUGGACGGAGGGCACGCGUCUCCAUCAUCCUCCUCUUCCUCACUGGCCAUCUUGUAGCUUUGCACACCACCCUGUGGCCAUCUCACACACACACACACACACACGGCGGUGCACUCGCACAUGCCUGCGUACGUCUUCCUUCUUAUUUAUUAGUUUUAAUCUACUCGUCCUUUAUGUUUUGUAUGAAUCCAUGUAGAUCUGGUUACUAUGAAUAUUUUUAGGAUGAUGAAGGGUGUUUAUAUAAGCGUUCAAAUGUGUCAAAUAUCUGGAGAAUCUGUAAAGUUUGAGUUUCUUAAUGAUUUUUAAGCAGAAUGUCGGCGGCCAUGUUUAUUGGUAAUGAUUCUGAUCUCCUCGUGAUUCCGGGUCGUGGUUCCAUCGUCUGAAGCUUCUUUAAGUGCUUUAAGAACCUCGCUCCUGCGAUCUCACAUUAAUGCAGAGCUUUUAUUGAAAUAGGCUGAUUUAUGCAGGGUAAUGUGGUUCAUUGUUUUUGGGGACGCGGGUUAUAUUUUUUAUAUACAAAUCAUUUGAUUUAAUUUUCCUCCAAAUCACGUCAACAGCCUCAGCCUGUCUUCAUCGUGUCGUUUCCCCACAUUUUACCUUCUUUUUUAAUUCAAAGAAACAGAUUUAAUUAAAACAUUGCGUGCAUUA